UGCCGGAUACGGUCACCAACUUCUCUUCCCCCUCACCUGGUUUCGCCCAAAGGGCCGAAACGAAGCCUACCUCCAUCGCGGGAAACCUUUGCGCUACCGUCCAAUCGGAGCUAGUUGGGAACUCAACAACGGGCUCCGCUAAAACUCCCAUCUUUCUCCCCCUUUCCGCUCCGCUCCUACCGGAAACCAUUGUGGAAGUUUCAGAGCUUGUUUUUGUUAUGAAAAAGAAGGAAGAUUAAGAUGACGCACUUUGACUGUGAAUUUAAGGAUAGUGCUGUGCUAUUACUUCAUAGGCAGUGCAUCCUGGCUAGGGAAAGAAAAUAGAUGUCAGUUUCUUUGACUUUACAAUGCUUCCUCAGUGCAAGAAAAGAAGAAUGUAUAAUCGAGAUGCUCAGCCUUUCUUACCCAUUAUACUUUCUUCUGAGUAUUUUUUGGAGCCAUCAGUUGCUGAAUUGGCUUCCAGAGAGUAUAUUGAUCCUGGUUACUGCAGCAGAGUCCCAAAUUUUGUGAUUGGAAGAGUAGGUUUUGGCUCCAUUAAAUUUCUUGAUAAUACUGAUGUCAGAUGGUUGAACUUGGAGAAGAUUGUAAAGCUUGAUAGACAUUCCGUAACAGUGUACGAAAAUGAGAGCGAAAAACCGCCAAUUGGUGAAGGACUUAACAAAGCUGCUGAAGUAACACUAAUCCUUAAAUUGAACUUAGCUGAUUCAGAUGGUUUAGAAUAUACUAAAAUCACAGCCAAGUUGAGAAAAUGUGCAGAUAUACAGGGGGCCAAGUUUAUUUCAUUCAAUCAAUCGAGUGGGGAGUGGAAGUUUCUUGUUCACCAUUUUAGCAGAUUUGGAUUGGGACAGGAUGAGGAUGAUGACGAUGUGAUUAUGGAUGAUGUUUUGGUUCAACCUAUUGCUGAAGAUCAUGAAGGUCCUUCUUGUGAAAUUGUGCUAUCUCAUUCUCUUCCUGCUCAUCUCGGGCUUGAUCCUAGAAGGAUGCAUGAAUUGAGGAUGUUGAUGUUUGCAGAAGAGGAGGAUAAACGUAUUGACGGUUCAUUUCCAUCAGAUAAAAGAAAUUUUGGCCAGGAAAUCUUGAAAGAAGGUCGUAAUAGGAUUAGUUCUUCCCCUUUGAAGAAAUCACCAGUGCCAUUACUUGAGUACAAUAAAAGUAAUUCUGACUUAAGCCCAUCUAGAGGGAUUCUUAUGACAGGUCAGAACAAGGGAUUGCCACUCAGGGUAAAAAGGGCUGAAGGCUUCAGGCUAGAUGGAAAGCAUGCCACUCCUUUGUCUGGAGGAUUUUCUAGUAAUGUUGUUGAUGCUGCUCUGUUUAUGGGUAAAUCUUUCAGAGUUGGAUGGGGACCAAAUGGCAUACUUGUCCAUACUGGUACCCCAGUUGGGAAAACUGGAUCUGGAUUGUCUUCUAUUAUUCAUGUGGAAAAAAUUGCUAUAGACAAAACUGUGAGGGAUGAGCAGAAUAAAGUCAGCGAAGAACUAGUUGAUUUCUGCUUUUCUUUCCCAUUAAAAUUGCACAAAUCAUUGGACCACAAAACUAUGGAAAUCAAGGUUGGCUCUUCCUUGCUAAAACUUCAGAAAAUUAUAUCAAAUCGUUCAAUGCUUCCAGAUAUUUGCAGGGAAUAUAUUAGCAUCAUUGAAAAGCAAAUUGAAGUGCCUGGCUUGCCUGCAUCCACUCGUGUCCUUUUGAUGCAUCAAGUGACAGUAUGGGAACUCAUAAAAGUUUUGUUCUCAGAAAGGGAGACUAAUGAAAAUUUUAGAUCUUCCGUAGACGAUGUUGUUGAGGAAAUGGUGCUUGAUAAGAAGGAUGGAUCUCUUAAUAUUGAUCCUGAGGCAAACCCGUUACUACGUAGAGCUGAAUUCAGCUAUUGGUUGCGAGAUAGUGUUUGCCACCGCGUGCAAGAAGAUGUCAGCUGUUUGAAUGAUUCAAACUAUUUAGAAAACAUUCUUGUAUUUUUAACUGGAAGGCAGGUUGAUGCAGCAGUAGAACUUGCUGCUUCUGAAGGAGAUGUUGGCCUGGCUAUUUUGUUGAGCCAGACUGGUGGAUCAAUGGUUAAUAGGGCUGAUAUGGCUCAGCAAUUAGAUAUAUGGAAAGAUAAUGGAAUGGACUUUAGUUAUAUUGAGAAAGAGAGGUUGAAGUUAUAUGAAUUACUCGCUGGAAACAUUCAAGGUUCGCUGCAGGAUUGGUCUGUUGACUGGAAAAGGCACCUAGGAAUGGUUAUGUGGUAUCAGUUACCACCUGAUACUCAACUUCCUGUGAUUAUUAAUGCCUAUGAACAACUCCUCAGUAAAGGAAGAGCUCCUCACCCUGUUCCAGUUUAUAUCGAUGAGGGUCCUCUUAUUGAUGGAGUGGAGUGGAACGUUGGUGACCGUUAUGAUAUAUCAUAUUAUCUCAUGCUUCUUUAUGCCAAUGCAGAAAAGGCUUUUGGUCUUCUAAAAGUUAUGUUUAGUGCCUUCUCUUCCACAUUUGAUCCACUUGAUUGCCACAUGAUUUGGCAUCAGCGUGCCGUAUUAGAGUCAAUAGGUGCUUUCAGUUCGAAGGAUCUUCAAGUUGUUGAUAUAAGUUUUGUUUCACAGCUGCUAUGUUUAGGACUAUGUCAUUGGGCAAUUUAUGUUGUCAUCCAGAUGCCUUGUUGUGAAAAGUUCCCAUAUUUGCAGGCCAAUCUUAUCAAGGAAAUUUUAUUACAGUAUUGUGAGACCUGGAGUAUGAGUGAAGAACAACACAAGUUUAUUGUAGAGCUUGGUGUGCCAUCAACGUGGAUGCAUGAGGCUUUGGCAACUUACAAUGAAUAUUACAGGAAUCUUCCAGCUGCCCUUGAACACUAUCUAAAAUGUUCUAAGUGGGAAAAAGCUCAUUCGAUCUUCAUGACAGAAGUGGCCCAUUCAUUGUACCUCUCUUCCAAAGAUUCAGAGAUUUGGAGUACUGCAAGCAUCAUGGAGGAACAUAAACUAGAAAUUGCUGAUUGGGACAUAGGAGGUGGAAUUUUUAUCGAUUUUUACAUCCUAAGAAGUUCUUUACAAGAGGACACCACUCAGUCUGAACCA